ACAAGAUGGCCGAAGCAACCCGUACACCAUUCGGGCAUGAGAUGCUUCAGCACUUUCUCUUGGAAGAGAAACAAGUCAACCUCAACCACGGCUCGUUUGGGUGCGCACCCAAGCCCGUCCGAGAGGCUCUGCGCCGCUUCCAGGACGCCUCAGAGGCAGCACCAGAUCGCUACAAACGAUAUGAGUACCCGGAUCUGCUUGACGAGUCCCGUGCAGCUGUCGCAUCCUAUCUGGAUGUACCUGUCGAUGAGCUCGUCAUAGUUCCCAACGUCUCGACAGCCGUCAACACCAUCUUGCGCAACCUGAGAUUCGAACAGGGAGACGUGAUCGUCUACCUGGACAUAAGCUAUCGCUCCAAUGUGAACACGAUCGAAUACAUCAUGGAGACAACGGGAGCGGAGUCAGCCAAGGUCGACUUCACCCUCCCUUGCUCAGACGCCGAGAUCCUCACUGCCUUCCGCAACACCAUCCUCGCCCAGAACGGGCGCGCCAAGCUCGCCAUACUCGACACCAUCACCAGCCUCCCGGCCGUGCGCCUCCCUUUCGAAGAGAUGACCUCCAUCGCGCGGGACCUCGGCGUCAUGACCCUCAUCGACGCCGCCCACGGCAUAGGCCACCUACCACUGGACAUCAAGGCCCUGGACCCGGACUUCCUCACGUCGAACUGCCACAAGUGGCUGUACACGCCUCGGGGAAGCGCCGUCCUCUACGUGCCCUUGCGCAACCAGCACCUCAUCCGCUCGUCCCUGCCGACGUCGCACGCCUUCCAGCCGCGGCCGCGGCCGGGUGCCGUGCGCGCGCUGAACCCGCUGCCCCCUUCUGACAAGAGCUACUUUGUGGAGCAGUUCGAGUUCGUGGGCAGCGUGGACAACGCGUCUCUGCUCUGUGCCCCCGCGGCUCUGGAGUUCCGCCGGACGGUCUGCGGCGGCGAGGCCGCCAUCAUGAGUUACUGCUGGGAGCUGGCGAAAAAGGGCGGCCUCGCGGCCGCCGAGAUCCUUGGCACCGAGGUCAUGGACAAUGAGGAUGGGACGCUGACGAGGCAGUGUUGUAUGGUGAUGGUCAGGUUGCCUGUCCGGAUAAGCAAUGCGGAGGAAGCCGCAGGAGUGCAGGCCUGGAUUUGCGAGACCCUGGUGAAGCAACACAAUACCUUUGUGGCCAUUGUGUGGUACAAAGGAACAUUUUGGGCUAGGUUUUCGGGUCAGGUAUACUUGGAUGAGAGUGACUUUGUGUGGGGGGCAAAGGUGCUCAAAGGGAUGUGCGAGACCAUCGCGGCGGGAGGUGUCCUGACCGUAAACUAG